AAGAGGCUGCCUGAGACCAUGGGCUGUCUCCUGUCUCUCAGGGACCUGGUGAUCCACAGUAAUGACCUGCGUGUUCUCCCCGCCUGUCUCUGUCUGGACAAACUGGAUAAGUUAAAGGUAGAUGUAAGGAACAACCCCCUGGGAAGACCCCCAACCCCUCCACCACUACCACCCACACCUGGUGAGUACCACUCUACCACUCUACCCCCUCCACCACCCACACCUGGUGAGUACCACUCUACCACUCUACCCCCUCCACCACCCACACCUGGUGAGUACCACUAACUCUACCCCCUCCACCACUACCACCCACACCUGGUGAGUACCACUAACUCUACCCCCUCUACCUGGUGAAGGAAGGUCUAAGUAGGUAUUGACUAUUUGCAGUGUGAUCCUAGUUUUAUAAAUCGUUCCUUAGUUUAAUCGUCCUCUGUCCUCCUCAGACCAGGUGGAAACCGGCAUCCCAGAGUUACACCUUGGACCCAAUCGACACAGGUACAACACAGUAUUACUUUGACCCGAUGCUGUUCUCAGAUAUCAACACAGUAUUACUUUGA